UAUGAACAAAUGAAUGAAAAAUUAUAAUCUCAGAAAAAGAAUUUCUAAAUUUGGGAGGAAAAAAACCCAAUGGCUUUUGUGGUUUUGAGAAUCCACAGCCUCUCUUCUCUGUAAAUGAUUCAACAAAGGAUUUUUUUUUUGUUUGUUUCUUUCUUUUGGUGCAAUGAAGGCCUCAAUUAUUAAUAUUAUCAUCAAUUCAUCCAUCAUUUUUUUUCUUAUUCUCCAUCAAUAAUCUCUUGUUCUGAUCGGUUCUAGCUAAGGCAGUAUCUGGUUUUCCGGCGACCCCAUCUCUCCGGCUGCCGGAGUCGUCCUGGAUUUCGAAGAAGAAAAAAUGGUGGCCGAGAGAAAUGGGAAAAAGGUUUAUGAUGAGACUACUGUGGAAGCUGAUAUGCACCUCCAUUCUAUAAACAAGGAUGAAGAAUUUCAUUAUUUUGAAGAUGAUCUGGAAAAAUCGGAAGGCGAAAUGGAGGAAAAAGAAUUAGACGAAAUGGAAAAGAAGAUGAGAAAGAAGAGAAAGAAGAGAGCUUUAUUAGAAUUUCGUUGCAGAGUGGAAGAUGCAAUUAUAGGGAAUUAUCUUCUUGGCAAACCCAACAGAAACACUUGCCCUAAAGAAGCAGCCAAAGCCAGAGAACAACUCAAAGAAAUAACCCUUUGGGGAGUUCCAUUAUUGCCAAGCAAAGGCCACGAAGGAACAGAUGUUUUACUUCAAAAGUUCUUGAAAGCCAAACAUUACAAAGUCCAUGAAGCCUUUGAAAUGCUUAGAAAGACUUUGAAAUGGAGAAAAGACUACAAAGCUGAUGGGAUUCUUGAAGAGAAACUUGGUGGUGAUCUUCAAAAUUUGGUUGGUUUUUUGGAGGGUAAAGAUAGGGAAGGACAUCCUCUUUGGUUCAAUGCCAAUGGGGUUCUGAAAGAUAGAGAAAUGUACCAAAAAACAUUUGGGAGUGAGGAGAAAUGUGAAGAGUUCUUGAGAUGGAUGGUUCAAAAUAUGGAGAAAGGGAUUAAACAACUUAGGUUUGAGAAAGGAGGGGUUGAUUCUAUUGUUCAAAUUACUGAUUUGAAAAACUCUCCCGGUCCUGCCAUGAAAGAGUUUCGUUCCGUUAGCAAGAAAGCUCUCUUGCUUUUACAAGAUCAUUAUCCCGAACUCGUCUAUAAAAACAUAGUUAUAAACGCUCCGUUUUGGUACUACGCGCGACACAUACUCCGAUCGAAGAUUAUCAGCCACAAAACCAAGGCCAAAUUCGUUUUUGCAAGUCCAUCAAAAGUGACCAAGACACUUCUCAAGUUUAUAGCCCCGGAACAGUUGCCGGUUCGAUAUGGUGGGCUUAAAAGAGACGACGAUGACGACUUCUCACCGGCUGAUAAAGCUUCAGAGCUCAGCAUUAAAGGAAACUUCGCUGCCAACAUCGAAUUCCCAGUUACUGAGCCGGGAGUGACGAUGGUGUGGGACGUGACGGUGGUGGGAUGGGACGUCGUAUACAAGGAAGAAUUUGUACCAGAAGAUGAAGGAUCAUACAGAAUUCAAUUGCAAAAUCAAAAGAAAGUAGGAGAGAGCCUAAGGAAUUGUUUCUACAUCAGUGAACCUGGAAAGAUUGUGAUAACAAUUGAGAAUCCAACUUUUAACCAUAAGAAGACAGUCUACUAUAGAUCAAAAACCAAGCCCACUGUCCCCAUGUACAUUUUAUUCAACAAAUAGCCAUUUCUUAGUGCUCAUAUUGGAGGAGGGAGAGACUUUAACUAAAACAAAAACGGUUUUCAUGACUCAAAAAAUUUGUCGUGAUCACAUUUCUUGACAUUCUUUUAGUCUUUGAA